GACGCACACUGGUUUUCUGGCAUACAGAUACCAGCACUUCUGACACAUUUAGACAAGGGGUUACUGCCGAAUCUCAUGACUGUAUGAAAAUGCGAUAUAUCAUAACUGAAAAUCAUUUUUCUUAUCUGUAAAUUCCCCAAGUGUGGUCUGAUCUGUAUCCUAUAUACUAAAAUUCAAAACAGCCGUAUAUUCGCUAAGUCGGUCGAUAAAGAAGAAAACAGCGCCUCAUGCGCGACGCGCCGUCCCGCCCUAGGACGAUAUAUCUCUUUCUGACAGCUCAUUCGUUCGUUCGGUGUGCUGUAUAGCGUACAAGGCAUGAUUGACAGCUUUACAGUGUUCGGCCGAUACUAGAGACAGCAUACUUGCUAAACCAGGCUUGUGAUGAUAGUGUGUAGAAACGUUUACUAACAUUGACAGUUUUGUAUUUCUUUGACAGAAUCUCGGAUUUGUUUAUGCCAUCCGGAUACAUAUCGACGGAAAAACAGGGUGUUUUCAGUGCUUACGGACACGACGGCUAUUCCGGAAUCGGAUACUUCGAAGCCUUUGCCUUGGACUGCGUGAAACGGGUCCAUGGCUCAAAGGUUGGAAAACGAUUUCCCGGCCCACUAUGGCGGUGCUCUGGCUGGGAUGGAGAGCAUGUAUGAUCCUCAUCGGACCUCUAUACCAAGUGGACACUCUAUACCCCCUCACAGUAGUGUAAAUCAUGGGGGAUCUAUGCACAGUUCUUACCCGCCAUACUCGACCAGUAACUCUAUGGCGAGUAUGGGAACAAAUUCAACACAAGACAGUCAAUUAAAACGGGAUAAAGACUCUAUAUAUGGGCACCCGUUAUUCCCAUUGCUGGCGCUUAUAUUCGAGAAGUGUGAAUUAGCAACGUGCACGCCACGAGAACCCGGGGUGGCCGGCGGGGACGUGUGCUCAUCUGAGUCUUUCAAUGAAGAUAUAGCAGUUUUUAGUAAACAAGUUCUGGCACGCUCGGACAAACCCUUGUUUUCAUCAAAUCAUGAACUUGAUAGCCUGAUGAUACAGGCGAUUCAAGUUCUACGUUUCCAUUUAUUGGAGUUAGAAAAGGUUCACGAAUUGUGUGACAAUUUUUGCCAUCGAUAUAUUAGUUGUUUAAAAGGCAAAAUGCCUAUAGACUUAGUGAUAGAUGAAAGAGAGGGAACGGGUAGUACAACGUCAAAAAGCCCGGAAAAUCCGGACCCGUCAGACCUUCAGGAUCCCAGAUCACCUUCAUCACAGAACAAUAAUUUACCUCCCUUUUCAUCGCCAGACGACGCUCAGUCGACACGCUCCAAUGAUACUCCAGUAACUAGUCAAUCUAACACAAACUCAUCUCAAAAUGCUGAUAAUAACAGUGAAGCAGGAGAUUGUUUAGACAACAGUGUUGGUUCCGGCGAAGGCACUGCCGAUGAGGAUUGUGAAGAUAGAAACCCCAAACGGCAGAAAAAACGCGGCAUUUUUCCAAAAGUUGCUACAAAUAUCAUGAGAGCGUGGCUCUUUCAACAUUUAACUCAUCCAUAUCCGUCAGAAGAACAAAAGAAACAGUUAGCACAAGACACAGGUUUAACUAUAUUACAAGUAAAUAAUUGGUUUAUAAAUGCUCGUAGACGGAUAGUUCAACCAAUGAUUGACCAGUCAAAUAGAGCAGCUCCAGGGGCUCAUGCAGGGUACAAUCCUGAUGGAUCUCUAGCCUGGGAGAACCAACAUAUGCAAAUGGGUGCUCAUGGCAUGUACAGGGUACCAGGUAUGCCAGGAAGUGAGAUGUAUGACCCAAUGAAAGCUGGUUACCCACACAUGGAUGGUUCCCAGCGGUACGACAUGCUAGGAAUGCAUGGGGCGGACAUGUAUGGAGCUCCGCCUGUCAGUAGUUCAUACUCACAAAUGUCGCAGCUUCGUGGACACGGCACAAACUCUAUGCUCAUCCCUGGACAUCCUCAUCAUAUGAUGAUGGGUGCCCAUGGAGCCCAUGCCAUGAGCCCUCAUGGGAUGUCAAUGGGCUCAACACAAAGCCCACCUCUUCACAGUAGCAUGGACUCUAUGGGACACAUACAAGAUAUUCACGCGGGUUAGCCAAAAAAUUUGUGUUAAUUAGGUUGGGUUUGCUUUUUAAUAUAAAAUACACACACGUGAUGAAGUGAACGUAAUGUAGUGUCGUGAACAGGGUGAAACUUUUGUAUUAAUCUUAUCAAAAAAGUAUUAUUUAACAAGGGAGAACAGAUACUGAUCUGUGGACAUAGAAAAUAGUUCUGUUAUCUAAGUGAGGAGACAGAACUGAACCUUGUUGUGUGCGGAGCUUAUGCUAAAUCUGCACGAAUAUACAUUCAUCAUAAUACGGGUGAAUAUUUAUCUUUCUUCGAGUACAAAACAAUGAUAUGAAACUAUGGUGAUAGACAGCAAGCAAUAUUAGAGACAAAAAAAUCACAAACACUGAGUACUGCUGAUAUUUACACAGGGUUUGCUGAUUUCUUGUCCAUGGAAUCAGCAAAGAAAAUAAUACAGUGGGGAAACUUCAGGGAAUUAAAUUCCCCUGAGUCUGUUUGUUUUUUUAAAUGAAGAUAAUUAACAUAUUUACCCAUAAUGCUAAGCAUCUGGGUGUCAAAGGUCAUGAAGCAGCAUGUUCAGCUAUGGUACUUUGGUGCAGGAAGGGGCAACCAUCAUGUAAUGUAGAUGUGACUUAGGGAAAAAGGAAAAUUGCCUGAUUCCGUAAAUAUAUUAUGGUUGUUCCAGCCAGAACUAGUCAUAGAAUGCAAGUGCUGAAUGCUGGAUGGCUAAUAACAUUCAAUGUUCUGCUAGGAAAAAAAAAUUCUUUGUUGUCUUAACUGUUUCUUGCUGUUGAGUUAUUGCCCUUUGUUACACACAUUAUUCUAUAGAGUAAUGUCCCCUUUGUUACUUGAUGUUUUUACUUACAGUAUUCGACUAGUCUGACAUAUACAGUUGAUUUUGGUUUGAAUUUUUUCUUCUUAUGUGUGCUUUUUUUGAAUUCUUGGCUUCAAUAUAAUGUGCUGUUCUUUUUCUUUUUGUUUAUUUUUUUUUAGUUUCUUUUAUAUACACUAGAAACAUACAAUGUGCCAAUGUGUGAUCAUUCAUUGUUUAUAGAAAAAUAAAUAAAAUGAUUCUUUAAGAAAAUAAAAAAAACAACACAAACUUUUUAUGCUAAUUUAAGGCUAAAAGAAAUUUUUACAUAAAAAAGUGAUGUGUGUACAUAAAAAAAUAUUUGUGAAAAAUAUAAUGAAAAUAGCAACAGCAAACUUUUUUUCUAAAGUUUUCUUAAGAAUUAAUUCCGCUUGAAGUGGAGUGAAAAAUAUUUGCUGAAAAUAUAUGUUAAAUUUCUUAAAUUGUCAGAAGAUGGGCAAAUAUUUUGGGAAAUAUUCCAUUUAUUGCUAGUUUUUUUGUUUGUUUUUUUCUUCUGUUUGGUUUAUUAUAUAUAUCGGACAAUUGCUGAAAAUAACAAGAGAAAGUUACCUCAUUUUUAAUUUUUUGAUACAUUUUUUUUGUCUGAAUGCCACUGAAGAAAUUGAAGAUAUACAUGUUUAUAUAUGGCAUGAUUUUGUAUUACUAACGCUAAAUGAGAUAUUUGCUAGACUUUUGGACACCUUUGUGCGAAAUCUAAUGUAUUUUUACUUUUAUCUACACUGCAAUUUUUAUACUUAUAUGCAAAUAUAGUCUCAAUCAGGUAAACUUAGAUCAAUUUGUUGUCCGUGAUGGACAGUAGCAGUAAGCCACCAAUAUAAUUUCUAGCCAACUUGCACGUCUGUAAAGUCUGACCAGGCUCUAUACUGUUGGCUGAGUUAAAUAUUCAAAGUUUAAAUUUUCAUCUUGGCAUCCCUAUAAAUUGAUCAUUAUUUUUAUGAAAGACCAAUACCAAAUUUGAUAUUUGCUAAUUCCUAAGGUAAUGAUUAAAGUAUGUUUUUUUCAUUUAAUGGUAUUCAAAAGUCUAGUAAAUAUUGCAUCAGCUAGCUUGUCUGUCCAUGACAUAAAAUUUUUAAAUGUAGAUUAAAUAGCAUUCCACCAUUGAGUUUAAAAUUCAUGUCUGUUACAGCAUGUACAAACAGAAAACCCAACAAAGUUUUAAACUGAGAAAAAGCAAUAAAAUACACUGUUUAUUUAUUAAUUUGUUGAAUUUUCGUGAGCAAUAAUGUAGCCUCUAGAUGGCUUGUAAAUGUGUUACAAUAAAACUUUUCAUUUUCAGUGUUAACUAUUGAUAAUUUAUGCACAUUUAAAGCCCUAUUUGAGUGCAUUUUAAAUUAAUUAACCAUGUUUAAAUACAUUUUGAAAUAAUUAGUAAAAUUAUCAUCUCCAAACACCAUGACUUUUUAUUGUAUGCUUCAUUAAAUUUAAUGCAUUUCUCCUGAAUUAAUUUGAAUUAAUUAUGCAUCUGCAAAGAGCAAAAAUUAAUAACAAUUUCAUUUUUUUCUGCGUUCUUGCUAUUUCCAAUUGAAUCAUUUUCAUACGACAAUUACAUAAAAUAACCAGCAAAAGUUUUUAUUAACCGCUUGUUUCUUUUCGAUUUUUUUUUUCAAAUAACAUAAGCAGAUGUUUGAACAAUUUCUUUAUAUUUUUUUAACAACAAUUUGAGAAAACACAACAAUUACAUAUACAUGUAUUCAAAUAUCAUGAAAGGCAAAAUUAAAAUUUAUGACUGAAAAUGCAAAAUUGUGCAAAAUUUAACUUUGAUUGCAGAUAGAAAAUGUCAGUAAAAUUUCUCAGGGUGGAUCUAUUGAAUUAGAAUCAACAAAGAUAUGGAUUUACUUGAAAAAUCCCUUUAUCUAUAAGGAAACUUUUAAAAUGAUUUUUCAUAUAGGAAUAUAUAUGGAAAAAACCCAUUCAAUAUUAAAGAAAUUAAAGGGUCAUUUUUGUACACUUACUUGAUAAGUUACAAUAUUGUAUAGCUGUUUAAUACAUGUCCCGCCAGAUUGCGUACAUUUCUACCACAAUUACACACAGUCAAAUUUCGGAUUCUGCUUGAUUCCUGAAUUAAAAUGCAUCAAAUUAAGUAUACUUUAUCACUCCCUAUCCCCACUCCACUCCCCCUAAACUAUUAUAUAUGAUAAAACAAUUGGUGCAGUGCUAUAUUAUUAUUAUUCCAUUAACUUUAUAAAAAAAAACUGUGUAGCUUAGAUCAUUAGAUACAAUAGAAAAUCACCUUAGUGCAGUAAUGGAAUAAGUCCUUCUAAGUUUAAUGAGUUAAUCAGUUAUUGCACUAAGGUGAUGAAAUAAACAUUAUGAUGCUGUUGUACAAACUGUAAUUAGUGGAGAACACUUAAAAAGGAGGUUUCACUUAAGUAUUGUAUAAAAGUGGUGAACCAUUCAUGUUUCACAUUGCAUAAAAGGUCAAGGUCACCAAAACUUGAUAUUUAUGAUGGGUGCAAUUCAAGAUAUUGUAAAUAUUAAGCGUUAAAAAUUUGUAAUUGGUACCCAUUAUUUAUAUCCAUAAAGUAAUGUUUAAUGAAAGAUUUUAAGGGGAUACAAGAUUAACUUGUACAUAGACAUAAUAAAUAACUGGAGAAUAUCUUGUACCCCCUUGAAAUUUUCCUUUGAAAUGGUGCAUGGAUUUUUUCAUGUUAACACUUGUUAAUGCAGAUCUGAAUUAUGGCUAUAUGCUGCCAAAUUGUAUGAAUGUAUAUGUAUUGAGUGGAAGAUGUUAUCUACUGUUGUUUAAUGUCCCAUCAAAAACUACAAAUUAUUGAAUUAACAGUAUUGUAUUGUUUUUUUUUUACAUUUUGUUUUCUUUAUUGUUCUGCUUCAUUUUAACUGUAUAAAGGGUUACUGCAGGGUGAAUUUCUAUUACCCUUCUUAUUUUCUGUAAUUAUUUUGUGUAGUUUUUUUCUCCCUUUCAAAUGGACAGUUGUUUUAUUUUAGAAUUAUCAUAUAAAAAUGCUUUACCACAUGCCAGUCAUAUGUUUCUAUUUUUAAAUAUGGUAGCAAAGAAUUAUCAGAAUUGUUUGUAAAAGAAGCAUUUAAACAUUAUUUUAGUUACCAACAUGUUCUGUCAAGAUUACUAUUGUUUACUAGCAUAUAUUUUGCAUGGGCAAUGCCUUUCAAAUACAUUGGUGUAUUCAGAAAGUUGGGAAAACUUCGUUUCAGUAAUUGUAAUUCUGCAUUAUAACAAAUAAGUUUUCACAACUUUUCUUACAACCUCUGACCAGAAUGUCAUCUUAAACAUUAAAAUGUUAAGAAAUAAAUAUAUAUUACCAUGUAAAAUGUAUUCAUUUAUGCUUUGAGAAGUCAGACACCAGGGUAAAUGAUUUUGUUUUUGAAAUGGUACAAAACUGUCUUAUAUAUUACGUGUAAUUACAUCUAGAUACCUCUGUCUAGGUGUCAACAUUUCAUAAAUGUCUUUUCAGUAUAAUAAAUAACUUUAUAUAAAACAUUACUCUGACAUCCUUCCAUCAAAUUCCAUGAAUAAAUUACAAUACAUAGAUAAAUAAUGUCUGAAUUCAUAAUCAACAAGUACAAAAGGUCAUAAAUUUAUGCAAACCAACUGUUAUUCUAACUAGAAAAACUCAUUAACAUUUCUAUGGUUAACGCAAACUGACAUUAAGGAAAAGAAUUCUUCUAAAAUAUUUUAUCUCCUAAAAAAUUUCUCAUAUUAGUGAAUGAUAAUUAAAAGUUAUUCAAGUGUCAAAAAAAUAUUUCGCCACCUCAAAAUGGAAAACAAUGUUUUAAUAUAUUCUGACAAGUGCUUACCUACCAUGCUAAAAGUCAACUUUUACAAGACGUUACUCCCAUAUUUAUUUCAAUCAGCCUUUUUACAUAAAUGUUUAAAAAUCCAUAAAACUUUAAGUGAUGAAUCAAAGUUCAUAGUUCAAAAUACAAGUAUGGAAAAUAGAGUUACGUAAACUAAGCAAUUUUUUCUUUACAUUAUCAAAACAUAUCAUUUAAAGCACAUCCAGUUCUAGCAUUUUGCUCUGUGAAUUCAUUUUGUUACAACACGGAUUGUUAAUGAUAUCAUAAAAAUAACUAUUCCAUUCUCAAAUAUAUUUCUCCAAUAAAAGUACAAGUACAGUAUUUCUAGAAAUGGUAAUUUUAAGAAUGUACAUUGCAUUUUAUGAUUAAAUUUUCAAGUUACAUUUAGAAGCAGUUUAACUUAUUCUCUUUUUCUGUAAGAAUAAUUCAGCCAAAAUUUACAUUUUCAGAUUUUUUUUUUUUACUAUUUGCAUUUGCUUCAUUGCAAUAUGAUGUAAAAAGAAUAUAUAAAGACUGAAAUGAGCAAUUUUAAUUGCCAUUUUUUUCUUCUUAAAAUAUAUCUUAAAAAACUUUGGAUGUUUACAAUGUCACGAUUUAAGCACUAAUUUCAACAAUUUUUUUUUUCUUUCUUUCAUUUUUUUUUUCAUUUUUUGAAAUUGUGUCACAUAAAUAAUUUUUUUUGAAUAGUGAAAAUAGGUCAAAUGUAUCAUUAAUUAUUAAAAAAUAUUCCUCGCUGCAGUAUGGUAACAUAUCAACAUGUAAUAUUUCUCUCCACAAAUCAGUAUUAUUCAUAUAGUCACAAAAGAUCAUCCAUUGAAAACCUGCCCUUCACCGUUACAAAAAGAAAAAUCAUAAAUAUUACAGCAGCCAUGAUGUAAUUUCCUAACUUUAAUGAUAUUUAUUUAAAACAUGAAAUAUAUGCUAAAAACCUUUAUUAAAAAUUAUUUACAUUAUGCUAAAAACAACGUGCAACUUUCAAUAUUAAAACAAGUCAAUAUUUUUCUCCAUCUUUUAAUGAAGAUAUAUUGACAAUUUAAGCUAUUAUUAUGUUGCUGUCAUGAUCACCUUUAGUUUUAACAGCAUUUUGAGAAAAAUUUUCAUCCCAAUUUCUAUUUCUGUAAUGUUUUUAUUGCUAUAUGAUUCAUAUAAGAUAUAUAUAACAAAUUUUCUCAUGUUACUGAUUAAUGGGCAUAUUAUCACUGCAUAUUUAUUCAUCAGAUACCUGGAUAAUGAAAUUGAAAAACAGAAAAGAAUAAUUCAUAAUCAUUAUGAUAAUUAUCAUUAUGAUAAUUGAUAAAUUAAGACUGAUUAAUUGUUGGCUUUAUUACAGGAGGAAAAUUCAUGAUAUAAAAAGUAUGUUUACCCGAUGCUAAUUAUUCCGGUUGCAUGUAACCAGAUGCCAAUUACCAGUAUUCUGGUUGUGUAUAAACUCGCCAUCUAUAAAUAGAUAUAAGAAAGUUGAGGUCAGUGAACAAAAGGCUUUUCAAAUUAUUGACAAUCAUGGCACUGUCUACCAUUAUAUAUAAAAUAAUCAUAACAACCCAGAUUACUCAUAUCACACAGAAUAGCUCAUUUUGCAUAUUUUAUCAAUUUUUGUUUUCUUUUUUUAUAAAAAGAAUAUUCUUCCUCGCAAAAAUCAAAUAUGAUGAUGUCUUCCAAUGUAUUAAGAAAAUCAAACCUAGUUAUUGUACAUGUGACAGUGAACACUGCAUUUACAACUUGCAUAUGAAUAAAAUAACUCUUAAAACGCUGGAAAUCAAAAAGUGAAGUCUGUGCCAACAGCAUAGUUAAAAGCCUGCCUGUCUGUUUGUCUGUCUUUGAAGCCUGACCAGGUUGUAUACUGCUAGCUAAAUAACUUCAAGUUUCCACCUUGGCAUUCCCAUAAUCAAUAAUGGAUCAUUCCAAAGAUGGAAGCUGAAGAAAUUCUAUUUAAGAUGGGUUAGAAAAUGUUUUGUAGUAUUUUGAUACACCUUAAUAAAAAAAAGCUUAAUAAGCUGUGUAAAGGAUUUAUAUAAUAUGAAUAAACUUGAGGCAGAGGAAACAUUAUUUCUGCAUUAUAGAUUUUAUAAUCAAUAUAAAAUUUUAUCGUCCACAAUUCAUAUAUAUAUAUAUAUAAAUAAACAUCCGUUCAUAAAUAUAUCAUUUGCACAUACAUUACAUUUUCUCUGUUCUAAAUUGAAAAUAAUUGCAUUUUAAUGGAACAGCAAAUGCUUUAGUUCAUUUUAAAAUGGUAAUUGGUACAUACCAUUUUAUUCUCAACUUCAUUUAAUUAUUCAUUUAAUUAUAAGAGCUUCCCUUAUUGAACACUUUGACAUUUUGAAAUUCAAAUGAAGGAAAUAAACAGUAUUAGGAAUAGCCAUAUUUUAUAAAAUAUUUCAUAUUAUGUUUACUUCACUUGUUUGUGAUUAUGAAAUUUAUUUCAUCGAGGAAACGUAAUUAAAUUCAACAUAAGACAUAAAUUACCAUUUUAAAUAUUAUAUAUUCUGUUUGCAGUUAAUGUAUUGUUUUUUCUGAUGAGCAAUCUGCAUAUAUAAGUAAAACAUUUAAAUGUGAAUUUAAUAUUGUAAAAUUGCUGUUGUUUUUUUAUGAGUGUUCAUUUAUGUAUAACUGACAUUUUCAUGAACUAUAUAUUUAUGACAGUCAAUCAAUCAAAGAUCGGAAGUCUUGAAGUUGGUUUGAAACCUCAUAUUCAUAUAAAACAUUUAUAACUUACAUAUAUACAUGAUGGUUUCUUGAUUUACAGGAACCAGUUGUUAGUUUUAUUGUUUAUAAUUAUGCAAAUAGUAAAAAAGAAAAUAGAUUAAUUAAACACCUCAAGGUAAGGGUAAAAUUUGUCCUGAUCUUUUAAUGCACCAUCAGGAAUAGUUUAUGUCCAUUUCUUUAUUUCUUUGCAAAAAAAGCUUUUCAAAUUGUUCUUUUGCAGUGUUUCAAUUUGAAUUUUAUCAUUACUUUUAUUAUUAUGUUUCAAUUCUGUGUAAUACAAAUAUAUAUGAUAAUCUAGAAUUGCUUUAUACACUUGGUGAAAACUGGUAAAAUUUUAUGCUUAUUUCAUUUUAUAAUAAGAAAAAUAAUGUAUCAAAAAAAAGGGUAAAAAAUCAUUAUUUUAUGAGAUCUAUUAUGUAUAAAACAUGAAUUUCUCGAUCUCUUUUUGUCUUUCUGUAUAUAUUUUGAUGUGAAAAAAAUUAACAACUGAAAAUUUAUAACACUAAAUUUUAUACCAAUUUAAAAGGUCCUUGUAUAGCAAAAUAAAUAGUAUUAUUAAGUUAAGGCAGAAAUUAAUUUCAAUGUCUUUGAUUAUUUUGUUGGAAUCUUUAAAAUUACAAGAGCUGGACUGACAGUAACAAAAAAAUAUAAAAAAGAUCUGAAGAAAAAUAUGUAUUCUCAAAGAUUAACAAUAAAUCACAUAUAUGUUUAAGUAAAAAUGAAACUAAGUUUACUUCUAAAGGGAUUUUUCACAAGUUGUUUUACAUCAACAUGUAUAUAGAAAUUCUCCUUUCCAAAACCGUCCAUUUUGUUCCAUUCCUCAUAUAUCAGGCAAUGUAAUUAAUAUUUCACUGUAUUUAUACUUUCACAUAAUAUUUACAACAUUUUUAUGAAAAACUUUGGGUAAAAACUUCUUUAUCAAGAACAUAAAUAGAACUAUUCUAAAAGAUAUUUUGAAUAAUAAAAGAAUGUAAUCUAGUAAAGUGAAUGUGCAUGUAUCAUUAUUCUUAAAUGCUUUCAAACAUUUAAUAAGAUAUGUUGACUCUUUUUUUUUUAUAUAUUCAUUAUAUAAAGAAUUACCUAAGUCAGCUGGCGACACCUUUCUUUAUAUUGUUACUGUUUUAGGUAAAAUAUGGUGUUUUUUCUGUAUUAUUAGAAUAUCUUAAUUUGUAAAAUGCCAGAAAAAGAAGUUACGAUAAUACCUCAGUUUGAAAAUUUGUCGUAAAAUAUGCUUCCAGCAUUCACCAAUGAAACAAGCACUUGGGUCAAGCACAACUUCCCCUCUUCUUUCUUGUUACUGUUCUGAAAGUAAAUGAUUUCAUGGUAUUUUAACCUUGUAAAAAAUAAAUGAUUCAAGGUUUUACCAGAUGUAAUUUGUAAUAAAAUAUUCAGUCAUUCAAAAGAGACAACAAUUUAAUAUCACAUGAUUCCUGUGUUAUAAAAUGGAAAUUAAACCAUAAAUAUGUUGUUUUUUUCAAAUAUUAUUGUCAAAGAAAUAUAAUUAUAUAUUGACUAUAUGAUAUUUAAGAAGUUAGUACCAAUUUUCACAACAGUAUUUUUUCUCACUCACUAUUCCAGUGGAGUGUAUGCAUGCAUGAGCGUUUGUCUGUCUGUCUGUUUGUGUUAAUGAUCACAUGUUUGAAUGUAUAGUAUUGAUUUUGGUGGACAUGAACAGAGAAUAAACUUUAAUUUUUGUAUGUUAAAAUACAAAUGUGAAAAGUG